AUGACCUUCAACAAUUMCUUGCUUGUAUUGAAAACACAAGCAAGUGAUUUUGACAAMGUCAAGCACAUGUUUGGUGUUGUUAUCAAGUUGUUAAAAAGUUUGAAAGAAAUCCAGGAUACARCACAAGCUUUACAUAAUUUAGAAAGGUUCUUUUGCAAGCGUUUGAAGUUUGAAAGUUCAGAUGAAGAGUUUCGGUUUUGGACAGGAAUGUACUCUUAUCAAGCCUUCAUGUYGUUGUGGAAGCACUAUGUAGAGCCCAACUGCAAGGCCAUUUCCUACUGGAAGAACAAGCUUAAUAGUGGAAAUAGUAAAUGUGGACCCAAAAGGAAGUUAGUGCCAAUUGAUGAGCUUUUCUUGACCCUUGUUAAACUGAAACAAGCCAGUGCUAACAGAGAUAUUGCUGAGCCCUUUAAAAUCCAUCAUUCACAAGUCUCAAUAAUCUUUAUUACAUGGGUCAAACUACUGCAUGCAGUUCUAUGCAGUAUCAAUAUUUGGCUUUCAAAACAAAAGAUAAGACAGACAAUGCCUAAAUGUUUCAAGGGGUUGUAUGACGAUGUCCGAGUUAUCGUAGACUGUACAGAAUUUAAAUCUGAUUUUGAUGUGCAGUGUGUGACAUAUAGUUCAUAUAAAGGAUGUAAUACUCGUAAAGCCCUUGUUGGUAUUUCUCCGAGUGGAAUUCCAACUUUUGUUAGUGAAUUAUAUGAAGGAUCUAUAAGUGASAAUAACAUUACAARUAAAUCGAAACUGCGAGACCUGCUUGACUCAGGUGAUGCAGUGAUGGCAGAUAGAGGCUGGACAUGUGCUAACUGGUUUGCUAAAAAAUGA